AUGAAAGGAACAACAUCCAGCCCCAGCGAAGGCGGAUCCACCACAUCUACCACCUCCACCUCCAGCGCAGAUCAAUUCACCACUUCCACCGUCUUCAGCACACGUACUGCGACCAUCACAGCAUGCCCUUCCACCGUUCCCGACUGCCCUGCUUCUGCGAAAUCCACCUUCGUUACGACUGAGACCAUAAUCGAUUAUACUACCGUCUGCCCUGUAACCGCCGAGGCCACGCACACAGAGACCCCCACUAGUACGGCUGAACAGUCAAUCACUUUGCAAACAGCUCCUGCUGGAACCUCUGCUGAAUUCACCACAUCCACUGUGCUGACUACACGCGUCUCUACCGUCACUGCUUGUGCAUCCGGUAUCGUCGACUGUCCCGCCAGUGCGCAGAGCACUUUUGUCACUACUGAGACCAUAAUCGAUUACACGACCGUCUGCCCUGUCACCGCCGAGGCCACACAGACAGCGAGUGCUUCUAGCACUGAUGAACAGUCGACCGCUCUGCAAACGGCCCCUAAAGAGACAUCUGCUGAACUAACCACAUCCACUGUGUUGACCACCCGCAUCUCAACUGUCACUGCCUGUCCAUCUGGUGUAGUCGAUUGUCCAGAGAGUGCGCAGAGUACCUUUGUCACUACGGAGACUAUAAUUGAUUACACUACCGUUUGCCCUGUCACCGCCGAGGCUACCCGCACAGAGAGCCCGUCUAGCGCCGCUGAGCAGUCGACCACUGUGCAACCAGUGCCGGCCGGUUCUUCCGUUGAGCUUACCACGUCCACUGUGUUGACUACUCGCGUCGCUACUGUUACUUCCUGUCCGUCCGGGGUCGUGGACUGCCCUGCUUCUGCAAAGAGCACUUUCGUCACCACCGAGACUGUAGUGGAUUACACUACCGUCUGCCCUGUGACCGCCGAGGCCACACAGACCUCUAUUGCGGGGGCAUCAGAGACUGCAUCGGAACAACCAGGAAACGUGGAAUCAGGAUCUAGUGUUGGUUCAUCAGCCCAGUCUACCGGAGAGUCUGGAUCAGCGAUUAGUGUGAGCGCUUCUGGACAAUCCGGGGCCCUUACCUCGGAAACAAUUGGUGUGGGUGCCGUGGGGACGAUCCCUACUGUGACCUUCUCUUCACUUAGAAGUGCUUCUACUCCUUCUGGCAGCAAGAGCGCUUCCAGCCCCGUUGGACAUUCUACUUCUCUCCAGGGCGCGUCUACAGGUGUCCCUGCCAUUUCUACCGGCUCCAACACUCCCAGCACAAGCAGCAGUGCAGCUGAGGCGGUCUAUACCGGCGCAGCAUCCACUUCGCGAUGGACGCUGACUCAUGGUGUCGCGUCUCUUCUUGCUGUUUUGGUUGUGAUGUAA